AUGGAACAAUAUGUUAUGGAACCUCCUCUCUAUUUCGCAGAGGAUCACUUAUUUGAUUUAGAUUUCCAUCCAAAUAAAGAUUUACUUGCUUGCACAUUAAUUAAUGGUUGGGUUAAAAUCUUAGGUUAUAAUUCGGAUGAUGUAAAUGAUCUUGCAGUAUUUAAGCAUCACUCAUAAUCAACACGUACUUGUAGCUUUUCACCAAAUGGAUUGAAUCUAGCAACAGGUUCAAAGGAUAAAUCAUUUUCUAUUAUUGACACAAAUGGCAACUUAUCUCUACAUCUCAAAGACGCUCACAAGGAAUCAAUCAAUUUAGUUAAAUUCCUUAAUGAUGAUAUUCUUAUUAGCGGUGAUGAUAAUGGACACAUUAAAGUUUGGGAUUUAAAGAGCAGUAAAUGCGUCUAUGAAGGCGAGGAAUAGAGCGAAGCUAUAACAGGUGUUGCUAUUCCUGAAAACUUAAACUACUUAUUGACCACUUCUCUUGAUGGAACUUUAGCUGUUUAUGAUAUUAGAAAAUCUAAUAAUGCAAAGGAUAAGCUUUAUGCCCUAAGUGAUUGUAUGGAAGAAGAUUUAACUUCUAUUUAGUUAGUUAAAAAUGAUAAAUUUGUCGCUACAAGCACAUCUGAGGGUAUUGUCUUAUUAUUCAAAUGGGACUGGUUUGGUGACUGCAAAGAUCGUAUUGUAUUUAAUGCCAACACUAUAGAUCAUAUGAUCAAACUUGAUGAGAAUACUUUGAUUACUGGUAGUGAAGAUGGAUUUGUAAGAGGAGUUAGUGUUUAUCCCAAUAAAUAAUUGCAAAUUUUAGGACAACACGAAGAAGAUGAAAAUUUCCCUAUCACAAAAUUAAGUUUAUCACAUUGUAGGAGAUUUUUGGCCUCUUUAUCACAUGAUAAUAGUAUUAAAUUCUAUGAUAUUUCUAAGUUUGUAAACAACAGAGAUUAAGUUGGUGAAAAUACUUGGGAAGGCUAUGAAAGUGGUGACGAGCCUGUCCCUAGAACUAAAAAGGAAAAAGCUGGAAAUGAUAUGGAUGAUUCUGAUUUCGAAGACGAGGAUAGUGAUGAUGACAGUGAUGACGAUGAAGAUAUGGAAGAUGAAGACAAUAAAAAGUAAAAGAAGUAAAAAUAAAAAGGAGGUGAUGGUAUGGAUGAUGAAGAAUCAGAUGAUGAUGAUGAUGAUGAUUCAGAUGAAGAAGUUAGUAAAAAGAAAAAUUAAAAUCAAGGUAAAUAAUAAAAGCGUGUAAGAUUAUCUGAAAGGGCUCAAAAAAAUGUUCACAACAGAAAUAAAAUCUAAAACUUCUUCUCAGACUUUAAAUGA